AGCACAUGCGCAGUUCCCUUUGGAAGCUGCAGGACAGAGGAGUGCACCGCUAUGUGCUUUGAAAACAUCAGUCAUUCCAAUCAGUAGGGCCAAAAGUUCACUCUUAUUUUACAGGUUACGAAUGUUAACUUAUACCAGUCAACUAACCAAGAACUCAGAUUCUGUCACAAGUGGAGGAGGGAUGGGAAAGAUUUAAUGGCCUGUACUGUGACUGUGGCGAGCAUGCACUGACCCCCCCUCCCCUGCGUUUUUCUGGGGAUGCCAUCACGGCUAGCAUGAGAGCCCAGCCAUUCUCCAGAUUCAAAGCUGCGUGGUGAUUUUCAUAAGGGAAGUCAGCGGGGGGGUGGAGCUGGCCAUGUCACGGGUCCCCACGCCCCCUCCCCCGGGGGAGAUGACAGCAGGACCUGUGGCAGAGAGCUGGUGCUACACACAGGUAAAAGUGGUGAAGUUCUCCUACAUGUGGACCAUCAACAACUUCAGCUUUUGCCGAGAGGAGAUGGGCGAGGUGCUCAAGAGCUCCACCUUCUCAUCAGGCCCCAAUGACAAGAUGAAAUGGUGUUUGCGUGUGAACCCUAAAGGGCUGGAUGAGGAGAGUAAAGACUACCUUUCACUGUAUCUACUGCUGGUCAGCUGUCCCAAAAGUGAAGUCAGGGCCAAGUUCAAGUUCUCCUUACUGAACGCCAAACGAGAAGAGACUAAAGCUAUGGAAAGCCAAAGAGCAUACCGCUUCGUCCAAGGCAAGGACUGGGGCUUCAAGAAGUUCAUCAGGAGGGACUUCCUCCUAGAUGAGGCCAAUGGGCUCCUACCGGACGACAAGCUCACUCUCUUCUGUGAGGUAAGUGUGGUGCAGGAUUCGGUGAACAUCUCGGGACAGUCCAACACGAACGUGCUGAAGGUUCCGGAAUGCCAGCUGUCGGAUGACCUGGGCAGCCUCUGGGAGGGGUCAAGGUUCACCGACUGCAGCCUCUUUGUGGGGGGGCAGGAAUUUAAAGCACACAAAUCUAUCCUAGCAGCCAGGUCACCAGUAUUCAACGCCAUGUUUGAACACAAGAUGGAAGAAAGCAAAAAGAACCGUGUGGACAUUAGUGACGUGGAGCCUGCUGUUUUCAAAGAGAUGAUGGGCUUCAUCUACACGGGGAAGGCCCCCAACCUGGAGAAGAUGGCUGACAACUUGCUGGCUGCAGCAGACAAGUACGCUCUGGAGCGUCUGAAGGUCAUGUGUGAGGAGGCGCUGUGUAACAGCCUCUCGGUGGAGAACGUGGCCGACAUCCUCAUCCUCGCCGACCUGCACAGUGCGGAGCAGCUCAAAGCACAAGCCAUAGACUUCAUCAACAGAUGUAGUGUGUUAAGGCAGCUAGGUUGUAAAGAUGGGAAGAACUGGAACAACAGUCACGCUGCUGACAUCAUGGAGACAGCGGGCUGGAAGGCGAUGAUCCAGUCGCACCCCCACUUGGUCGCCGAAGCGUUCCGUGCUCUGGCGUCCGCCCAGUGUCCCCCUUUUGGGCUCCCUCGGAAACGACUAAAACAGUCCUGACCCCCACCACACCCACAGAC